UUAGGUUUGCAUAUUGAAAGAAGACCAUGGACAGUAAAAUCUGUAUAGAGAUGCAGAUAUUUUACUUAAUCAUCUUGCCAUGGGAUUAGAAGCAAAUGGAGAAGAAAAGAAAAUAUAUGCUCUCUUGGUUUUCAAUUUCUCCUGCAACUCAACUACAUGAUAGGUAGAAUUCUUUAUGAUUGAUUCAUCCUUCAGAAGAUGAGUUCAAGAUUUCAUAAUGCCCACUUACAAACUCCACAAAUUCCUUGCCUCCGGAAUCCUAAGCGUGCCGUUGCUCGUCGUUAUUCUCUCUUCCAUCCGAUAUUCACUUCCCCGACUGCGUUCUGGACGGUACAUGAUUUGAGUACAAUCUCAUCAGAUUUCAGUUGUAAAGCUGCUUCUUCAGCUGGAGCAGCUGACUACAACGAACAAUUGUUGGGUUCUAAAAAGAAGAAGAAAUCGCAGAGGAUAGCUGGAAUAGAACAGGAUGAGUUGCUGGAUCCAGUAGAUUUGGCUGAUCCAGACAGUUGUUUUUGUGAAUUCAGAGGAGUCCAGGUACACUACAAGGUUGCUGGGGAAGAAGGAAUUGAAGAAAAUGGAGCAAAUGUACUGUCUGUAAACCAAGAUUCUUCAAAAGAAUUAGUUACCAAUCAACCUUCCAAAAAACGGUUUCCCAUGGUACUACUACAUGGUUUUGGGGCUUCAGUAUUUUCGUGGGAUCAAGUUUUGAAGCCUUUGGCUCAGUGCAUUGGUUCCAAAGUGAUUGCUUUUGACAGACCUGCUUUUGGGUUGACCUCAAGGAUAUUCAGUGCGCCAAAUACUAGGAAUGCAUCAACUCAAAAUUCAAGUGAAGAAACAGAUUUGCAACCUUUGAACCCUUACUCAAUGAUGUUUUCUGUUCUCGCUACCAUGUAUUUCAUCAACUUAUUAGUAGCUGAGAAGAUAAUUCUGGUGGGGCACUCAGCGGGGUCUCUCGUAGCACUUAAUACAUACUUCGAAGCUCCUGAGCGCGUUGCUGCACUGAUCCUUGUUGCUCCUGCAAUUGCUGCCCCUCUUAGUAUUUCACAACAAAAACUCAUGAAGGAAGACCAGCAGGAAACAGAAAAUCAGGCGAACGAUGUUGGUCCCAGAUCAAAGGUUGGAAGGAACCCAUUUUCACACAUAGUGAAUGCUUUGUCCAAAAUUUCCACAUACAUUGCAAUGGCGGUUACAGGUACACUGAAAGCGAUUGCUAAAAUAGCCAACUCGUUGUUUAAGAAAGCCUUGAAGUUAAUUCUGCGUACUUCCCUUGCCGCUGCACUGAUAAGGAUUGUGAUAGAUAAAUUUGGUAUAGCUGGCAUUAAGAAUGCAUGGUAUGAUGGAAGUCAAGUCACUGAUAAUAUCUUACAGGGCUAUACAAAGCCACUGAAGACUAAGGGUUGGGACAAGGCCUUGCUUGAAUUCGUGGUAGCUAUGCUGACAGAUUCUGAAUCUGAAUCAAAACCACCUUUGUCACAAAGACUGAAAGACAUAUCUUGUCCUGUACUUAUCAUAACCGGUGACACUGACCGACUUGUCCCUUCUUGGAAUGCUGUGAGAUUGUCACGAGCUAUACCAGGUUCUCAACUUGAAGUGAUAAAGAACUGUGGGCAUUUACCUCAAGAAGAAAAAAUUGAAGAUUUUAUUUCAAUUGUCCGGAAAUUCUUACAAAAAAUUGAUGUGGUUCCAGGAGAAGAAGAAGAAGAAUAAAUCCUACAAUCGACACCAUAAGAAAUGCUCGUCGCGUAUUUGCUUCCUCACAUUAGGUGAACUUCAGAAGAAUUAAACAGACAUUUCAAUUCCGGAAUUUUCAAAAUGUUUCACAUUUUGAGUAUACAGUUUUAACAGGCAUGAAUAAUGAGUCUUUGUAUGACUGCAACUGCAAGUUUGUUAAGUCAACUGCUUAACAUGGACUUACAUAGUUCAUAGAGAAAGUGUGUUUGAACUGGCGUUAACUGAAUUCAAGGUUCGUAUUCUGGCUUUCUUAGCUAAGA